GACAAGGUCCUUCACCCUGAGGACAAGGUUCUUCACUCUGAGGACAAGGUUCUUCAUGCUGAGGGCAAGGUUCCUCACGCUGUGGACAAGGUUCCUCACUUUGAGGACAAGUUUCUUCACUCUGAGGACAAGGUUCGUCACUCUGAGGACAACGUUCGUCACUCUGAAGACAAGGUUCUUCAAUCUGAGUACAAGGUUCCUCACUUGGAGGACAAGGUUCUUCAAUCUGCGGACAAGGUUCCUCACUAUGAUGACAAGGUUCUUCACUGUGACGACAAGGUUCUUCACUCUUAGGACAAGGUUCGUCAAGCUGAGGACAAGGUUUUUCACCCUGAGGACAAUGUUCCUCACACUGACGAAAAGGUUCUUCACUCGGAGGACAAGCUUCUUCACUAUGAGGACAAUGUUCUUAACACUGAGGGCAAGGGUAUUCACUCUGAGGAAAAGGUUCUUCACUCCGAGGACAAUGUUCUUCACUCAGCGCACAAGGUUCAUCACACUGAGGACAAGGUUCUUCAAUCUGAGGACAAGGUUCCUCACAUUGUGGACAAUGUUCCUCACUUUGAGGACAAGGUCCUUCACUCUGACGACAAGAUUAUUCACUCCGAGGACCAGGUUCUUCACUCUGAGGACAAGGUUCCUCACUCUGAGGACAAGGUUCUUCACUCUGGGGACAAGGUUCUUCACUAUCAGGACAAGAUUCUUCUCUCUGAGGACAAGGUUCUUAACGCUGAGGACAAGGUUUUUCACCCAGAGGACAAUGUUCCUCACACUGAGGACAAGGUUCUUCACUCUGAGGACAAAGGUUCCUCACUCUGAGGGCAAGGUUCGUCACUCUGAGGACAAGAUUCUUUACUCUGAGGACAAGGUUCUUCAUUCUGAGGACAAGGUUCUUCACACUGAGGACAAGGUUCUUCAAUCUGAGGACAAGGUUUCUCACACUGUGGACAAGGUUCCUCACUUUGAGGACAAGGUUAUUUAAACUCUGCGGAUAAGGUCCUUCACUCUAACUACAAGGUUCUUCACUCUGAGGACAAGGUUCUUGACGCUGAGGACAAGGUUCCUCACACUGUGGACAAGCUUCCUCACUUUGAGGACCAGGUUCUUCAUUAUGAGGACAAGGUUCUUCACUCCAAGGGCAAGGUUCUUCACUAUGAGGACAAGGUUCUUCACUCUGCGGACAAGGUUCUUCACUCUGAGGACAAGGUUCUUCACUCUGAGGACAAGGUUCCUCACUCUGCGGAUAAGGUUACUCUCUGUGAGGACAAGGUUCUUCACUAUGAGGACAAGGUUCUUCACUCUGCGGACAAGGUUCCUCACUGUGACAACAAGGUUUCUCAGAGUUUAAAUAACCUUGUCCUCAAAGUGGGGAACCUUGUCCACAGUGUGAGGAACCUUGUCUUCUGA